AUGGUUCACAUCGAUGGGCCCGGUGGAGUCAAGCUUCCGGUCACACUGCUCAGUGGCUUCCUGGGUGCUGGCAAGACGACCCUGCUUACGCACGUCCUGAACAAUCGCGAAGGCAUCCGUGUGGCCGUCUUGGUGAACGACAUGGCGUCAGUGAACAUCGAUGCGCAGCUUCUGCAGGACAGCGUUCAGUUCCACGAAAGCAAAGACAAGAUGGUGGAGCUCCACAAUGGCUGCAUCUGCUGCACCCUGCGGGAAGACUUGAUUGAGAACGUGCGCUCCCUGGCACUGGAGGGGCGGUUCGACUAUCUUCUGAUCGAGAGCACAGGCAUCUCUGAACCUAGGCUGCUCAGUAGCAUACCUUUUUACUUUUUGGGUUCCUGGGUUCCUAGUAUAUCACAACUAACCUUAAAAAAUGUAUACUUUUUUUCAGGGGGUUACUGA